AAGUAAUCGCUGAUAAAAAAAAACAAAUGGUUAUUGAAUAAUUUCACACAUUUAUUUAUCAUCUCCUAAUAAAUUAAUAAUUUUUGUAUUGUCAUUUCUGUUGAAAUUUUUAUUUGUUUAUUUUUACCCUGUGGCUGAUUUAGAAGAGAGGCAACAACAACAAAAAACUUAGGUGAGCUGAUAUUGGAGAUUGAAAAGAGAAAAAGAUAAAAAAUGGAUAAAAGAGUGAGUGUGUGAGGAAGAGGAAGUUAAGAUCUGGGAAGAUGAUGAAUGGCUUACAGAGUCCUCACCAAGGGCUGUCAUGGAGAUGGAAACAACGUGCUGUCCCAGUUACAACCAUUAAAAUGGAGACUACCACGCUAACCAAACAAGGACAACGAUUUCUGACCAAGUUAACCACCUCCUCCGCCGCCACCGACAACCUCAUCCGAAGAUUCGUCCAAGGUUCUCCCAAAUCUGUCGUUCUCACCACUCUCUCACACCUCCUCUCUCCCACCACCUCCUAUCCACAACUCUCAACCCUCGCGCUCCCCCUCUACGGAAGAGCCAGCCAAGCCCCGUGGUUCAUAUGGAACUCCACCACCGUGGCCGAACUCGCCGCGCUCCUCCACAAACUCGGCCACCGGGCCCAAUCCGAAGCCCUGAUUUCCGAGGCCAUUUGCAAGCUACAAUCUCGCAAACGCGAACUCGUUGUCUUCUACGGCAAACUCGCGGAAGCGUACUCCAAACGAAAAUCCGAAACCGGCUUCGACGUGGCUUACGGUUACCUCAACAACCUUCUGCGCACAUCCGAAUCGGUGCACGUGAAACGCAGGGCCUACGAGUACAUGGUGAGUGGGCUGUGUUCCAUGGACAGGCCCCGUGAGGCAGAGGAUUUAGUUAUUGGGCCUGCGGCUGGGCUUGGGCUUAAACCCUCGGGCUUUGAAUUGAAGUCAAUUGUGUACGGAUACGGCAGGGUGGGGUUGUUUGAGGAUAUGCGGAGAGUGGUGGAUGAAAUGGAGAAGAGAGGGUUUGUGGUUGACACGGUAUGUUGCAACAUGGUUGUUUCGGCUUACGGGGUUCACGGGGAGCACGUGGAAAUGGCGACGUGGCUUCGGAAAAUGAGGGAUUCAGGGGUUCCGUUUUCCGUCAGGACAUACAACUCCGUUACGAAUUGUUGCCCUAGGGUUUUGAGAAUGGUGGGGGGAUUGAGCGAAUUGGCGUUGUCGAUGGAAGAAUUGAAUGAGGGUUUGGACGGAGGGGAGGGAAUGGUGGUGAGGGAGUUGUUGGGGUGUAGUGGGAUUUUGGAGGAGGUGAUGGUGUGGGAGGCGUUGGAGAUGAAGCUGGAUCUACAUGGUUUUCACUUGGGUGGGGCUUAUUUGGUGGUUUUGGUUUGGUUGGAGGAGAUGUGGAAAAGGUUGAAUGGGUUGAAUUGUGGGGUUCCGGCGGAAGUUACGGUGGUUUGUGGGUUGGGAAAUCACAGCAGUGUUCGAGGGGAAUCGAAGUUGAGAGUGCUGGUGCAGAAGAUGAUGGUGAAAAUGGGAAGUCCGUUGAAGGUUGAUAGGAAGAACAAUGGGUGCUUUAUUGCAAAAGGAAAAGCGGUUCAAAAUUGGUUGUGUGAAAUGAGGAAGGCACCUCUGAGUGGGUCUGCUUCUCUGUGAAUGUUAGUAGUUUAGGGUUAUGUGAAGUAAAAUAGGAAACCCUAAAUGGUGGUCAUUUUAUAGUUUUUGUUAUUGAAGGAGGUUAACCUUUUUCAUUCAAGAACAAACUGAGACAGAUAAUGCAUGCACAUUGAAAUUUUAGUGAUAUUUUAGGAAGACAUGAUAAAGAGGUAAAUUUGUUUGGUGGGAUAGGUAAUGCAUAGCAUACCAUAACAUUCAGAGGAUGAGAAACAGCUCUACAUUGAUCCAUGGGGUCUUGCCCCUGAUUUUUUUUUCUUCAAAAA